AUGCCGCUCGAGCAUACCCCGAACUUCUCACGCGUUACCAGGAUGAGCAUCGAAUUGCGUCAGAGGUAUAACGCCAUGUCUCUUGAGGAGUUACAGCAAGAGAUCCAGAAUUUCGGACUGGAUCCUCCAGAGUCGCAUGACGACUGCAUUGCGCAGAUCACGUCGCACUUAGAGAAGAAUGGACCUCUUCUCGAUUUCGCCGAUGAUAACACACAAGGAGAGACAUCGUCUUCUCUAGGUUAUUCCGCAUCCCAGAUCUAUAGGGACAGCGGCGUACCUUCAUUCAUUCAACCAGGCAAUAGGCAACUUCAAGGAUCAGCACCUGAUGCCGCUUUUACACAACUUCGCCGACUCAUGGCCCAAGAGAUGUUGAAACUUCAACAGGCUCAAGCAGCCCAACAAGCCCAAGUAAGCCAACAGCAGGAAAUGUUGAAACUUCAACAGGCUCAAGCAAUCCAACAACAAGAAAUGUUAAAUAAAAUCAUGGCAGCCGUCAACAGGAAUUCUACAGAAAACCAAGGUCCUGCCGGUCAACCAAUCUCUUCGCUUGUCCAAAAUGCUGACGGGUUUAAUCCCCUUCCAGCUAGCACCAGUCUUCAAGCCCCGCAAUCAACGGAGAACCCUUCAGUGGCAUCCAUGAACGCCUCAAGGUUUUUGGUCUCUCAAAUUCCACAAUUUGGCGGGACGGAAGAUGAAGACGUAGAACUCUGGAUCGAGAAGAUCGAGAGGACCGCACUUAUACACGGUCUUCCCUCUGGGGCGAUGCUAUCAGCUGCUUCGAUCAAACUCACGAAAGCAGCUCGCAGAUGGUUCGAUUCAACCACAGGCCCAAUCAAUGACUCGUGGUCCGUCUUCAAGUCAGCAAUAAUUCGUCGCUUCGAGAGAGAAAUCGUAUAUACCGCUGUUACAAGAAAAGCGGAUGAACGAAGAUGGCUCUUCUCGAAAGAGUCAUUCCAGGACUAUGCAAUGGAUAAAAUAGCCAUCUUGCAAUGUCUCAAGCUGGACGACAAAAAGGUCAUCCACUGCCUCAUAGAUGAUGCGUCACAUAACAGCGAGAACUUCAACGUUGAGGAAAUCUCCAGUGUUCAGCGUAAAUACGACAAACACAAAUCCAAGGAUGAAGCUGCAGCCAAGCCUGAUCAUCAAGAAAAAGCUUCCAGUGAGCUCUUCUGUGUGUAUUGCCGCAGUAAGGGCCACACAAGAGACUCCUGCCAUAAACUCAAGAAGAAGGAUGCUUUCCCCAAACCUGCCGCGUCGAAGCCACCGCCUCUCAUCGCCGCAGUCAUCGAGUCUCCAACCCAGGAAGCAGACACCUCACAUGGUUCCAACACCAUCGCUUUCGUGGAAGCCCCGCGAAACCAACUGAUUACCGACACUGCCGUCGUAAAGGUAAAAGAGUUAAACAAUUACUCUUGCGACCUUAAGGCUCUCCUCGACACAGGAAGCCCAACUUCGUUUAUAAAUGUAAACGCGUUCAAAAAAUUUUUUCCGCGAACUUAUUUUACGGUUUCAACUAUUCCGUCGCUUAAAGCCAUUAAUGGAUCUCCUAUAAAAAUUCUAUGUAUUGUCGACGCUACGAUUAAAUUAGAAGCGUUACCAACUUUUACGGCAUUGAUUCGUCUCCAUGUCUUGGACGAAUCCAUAACGUCCUCAGACAUUAUCGUUGGUCGAGAUUUUAUAGAAUCAAAUAAUUUAUCUAUCACUCUUGAACCUACUAGAAUCGCCGUAAAACCUACGAAUGCAAACCUAGACAAUAAACUUGACUUACUCUCGGAAGUCCCGUCCGUUGACAUAAUAGAAGUCACUAACAAAAUAGAUAACCUCGCCAGCGAUAUUGUCAUCGAUUUCGACGUUUCAGCGAAAGCACAAUUAUUAGACGUCAUUAAGGAAGUCGAAACUUCCGAGGUUCCGCUGAUCGAAGACGAUCAUGCUAUAAAAAUUAACUUAAAAGACGAAUCGGUUUAUGCGUUCUCCCCGAGACGAUUUGCGUGGUCAGAAAGACUGCAGAUUCGCGAAAUAAUAGAUGACCUCUUACAGAGAAAAAUAAUAAAAGAGAGUGACUCGCCAUACUGUUCUCGCAUUGUCCCUGUAAGAAAGAAGAACGGUAGCCUACGUCUCUGCGUGGACCUACGACCUCUCAACGAAAGGGUCGUUAAAAGAAAAUUUCCAUUUCCUCUCAUCGAGGAUUGUCUGUCUAGAUUAGGGGAUAAAUCUGUUUUUUCAUUAUUAGAUCUGAAAGACGGAUUUUAUCAGCUCAAGGUCCAUCCAGAUUACACUAAAUUUUUUUCGUUUGCCACUCCAGACGGGCAGUACGAAUACUUGCGCCUUCCUUUUGGAUUUUGCGAGGCUCCAGCCGAAUUUCAAAAACGGCUUUUGUUUAUUUUACGGUCUUUCAUUAAAGAGGAUAAAAUCUUAGUUUAUUUAGAUGAUAUAUUUAUUCCAUCGUCUUCUGUCCAAGAAAAUUUAGAUGUCCUCAAGCAAGUUUUGCUGACAUUAAAAAGCUACGCUAGUCCUUUAAAUAACCUCUUACGGAAGGACUCUCCGUUUAAAUUCGAUGAUAAAUGUACUCAAUCAUUUGAGACUCUAAAGAAUCAAUUAGUUUCCUAUCCAAUCCUCCGGUUGUACAAUCCAUACCUUCCAACAGAACUUCACACUGACGCUAGUGCUCUCGCAGUGGCAGGAAUCCUCAUGCAAAAGCAGGACUCAGAUUUUUCGGUCAUCACGGACUGUCACGCACUCGUCUUUGCUAUAAAUAAAGCUCAUUUAAAUCCCCGCAUCGCGAGAUGGACUCUCAAGUUACAAGACUAUCGAUUUAAAAUCAUUCACCGCGAGGGACGCCGUAUGCAACAUGUAGACGCCCUUAGUCGCGUACCCCAAGAGGACAUACGUUCAGUAGACACUUCUGAUCGCGUCCUGCAUAUUGACUCGUUCCCGUUAGAGAAAGAAUUACAAUUCCGUCAACUUCAAGACGAAAAUAUAAAGACUAUAACUCAGUCACUCGAAACAGGUGACAACGACAAAUUCGAGCUCAUAAAUGGGCUUAUAUACAGAAAGUAUUCGGGAAAACCACUUUUCGUGAUCCCCGAAUCAAUGAUUAACAAGAUCAUUCAUAUCUAUCAUGACGAGAUGUCACAUUGCGGUUUUGAAAAGACGGUGCAAGGCAUUCUAUCUCAUUAUUGGUUUCACUCUUUGCGUAAAAAAGUUCGAAAUUAUAUCGACAAUUGUCUGACCUGUUUGUUAUUUAACACAGCGUCUAACACUCGUGAAGGUGAACUUCAAAUCACGGAUAACCCUCCUCGUCCAUUCCAUGUCCUUCAUAUAGAUCAUUUUGGACCAAUCAAUCCAACACAGGAUGGGUUUAAGCAUAUUCUGGUAGUCGUUGAUGCGUUUUCGCGCUUUACCUUCUUACAAGCCACCAAAUCAACUGGUACAAAAGAGGUUGUAAAUUAUCUAUCCCUCUUAUUUCAUAUUUUCAGUAAUCCAGGUAUCCUCGUCUCGGACAGAGGUACCGCUUUCACAUCUCAUGAGUUUGCCUCUUUUAUGAAAUCUAAAGGCGUCACUCAUACUCUCACAGCAGUCGCUUCUCCGUGGGCUAACGGGUUAGUGGAGCGCAUAAACAGAUUCCUUAAGUCUUCCUUACAAAAAAUCGUGGAUGAUCUACAGAUCUGGAACACGCAUUUGAAUGCGGUUCAAUACACAAUAAACAACACGUUCCACGCGGUGCUAAGAAAUACACCGUCUAAAAUUCUAUUGGGAUACGAUUCCCGUAACCAUCCCGAUAUCGAACUCAUGCGUUUCCUCGAGAAACUCGCCGAUACUCAUUUAACUUUAGAAACCGAUCGCGAAACCUGCCGCGAAAUCGCUUUGCAAGCGACAGAUAGUAUUAAGAGAUAUAAUAAGUCUUAUUACGAUGAAAAACACAAAAAGCCGUCCAAAUAUAAAAUAGGCGAUUUUGUUCUCAUCCGAGAUUCCACUCUGAAACCGGGUGAGGAAAGAAAGUUUAAACCUUCCUACAAAGGGCCUUAUUUAGUAGCUAAAGUGCUAAAUAAGAACAGAUAUGUCAUUACAGACAUUCCUGGGUUUAAUAUUACCCAAAAGCCCUAUAAUUCAAUUCUCUCACCAGAUAAAUUUAAACCGUGGAUAAAACCACUCGAAUAA